GAAGGUUUGAAGUGGCGGCUUUAUGUCACACAUGCGUACCGACAGAGUGAAUGGCACACGGGCGCAGAAGUGACUCCGAGGAGAACAGAGCAGAGAGAGCGGAGAGCUGAUCCUUGGCAGCUGGGUGAAAGCCUUGACAGGCAGGGGGUAGAGAGAGAGAGAGAGAGUGGAAGAAGAGGCGCUCGUGGAGAAGAUGAACAUGAAACCCGUGGGAGGUUGUAGUAUCAAACCACCGGUGCCCACUCUGUAGGGCUCGCGGAGGAGUCACGGAAGGCGUGAAUUUGGCUCAGUUGGGGGGAAAAGUUCUGCAGCUGUGCAUUACAAUGGUAAUAAAUGGGUCUCACCUGAACAGCUCCGCUCGGGACCCCAGUGAGGCCGUGUUGAGCCGCCCGCCGUGGGUCACCACAACUUUGGGCUGCUUUCUCAUCUUCACCAUAGUCGUUGACAUCCUGGGGAACCUGCUGGUUAUCUUCUCCGUGUAUCGAAACAAGAAGCUCAGGAACGCAGGCAACAUCUUUGUGGUUAGCCUGGCAGUGGCGGACCUCGUGGUGGCCAUCUACCCAUACCCUUUGGUCCUCACCUCCAUUUUCCACAAUGGCUGGAACCUUGGUUACGUCCACUGCCAGAUCAGUGGCUUCCUCAUGGGUGUCAGCGUCAUCGGCUCCAUCUUCAAUAUCACUGGCAUAGCUAUCAACAGAUACUGCUACAUCUGUCACAGCCUCAAAUACGACAAACUUUACAGUGACAAAAACUCUGUGUGUUAUGUGAUUUUAAUAUGGGCACUGACUGUGGUGGCUAUUGUGCCCAACCUCUUUGUGGGUUCACUCCAAUAUGAUCCACGAGUUUAUUCCUGCACCUUCGAGCAGUCAGCCAGCUCGGCCUAUACAAUCGCAGUGGUAUUUUUCCACUUUAUAUUACCCAUCAUGAUUGUCACCUACUGCUACCUGCGCAUUUGGAUAUUGGUUAUACAGGUACGGAGACGGGUCAAGCCAGACAACCGGCCAAAACUGACACCAAACGAUGUCAGAAACUUUGUCACAAUGUUUGUGGUGUUUGUGCUCUUUGCUGUUUGCUGGGCACCACUCAACUUCAUUGGCCUGGCUGUAGCAAUCAAACCUGAGAUUGUUGUUCCCCUCAUCCCCGAGUGGUUAUUUGUGGCCAGCUACUUCAUGGCUUACUUCAACAGUUGCCUUAAUGCCAUUGUUUAUGGUGUGCUGAACCAGAACUUCCGGCGGGAGUACAAACGUAUUGUAGUGUCAGUGUGUACAGCCCGCAUCUUCUUCCAGGACAGCUCCAAUGAUGCAGGGGAGAGACUCAAAAGUAAACCAUCACCGCUCAUGACCAACAAUAACCAGGUGAAGGUGGACUCUGUCUGAACCAGAACUCGGAGACUGGGUCUUUUAUGCUGGAUUUGAAAGUUCCUCUGUUUUUUAGACUGACUGACAAAAAUACCAAAUAUAAACAUAAAACAACUUCUGUCCUUUGGGCUUUCAAGACUGUCACACUGUAGGGUGCUAUCUGACCUCUGAACAAUCACAGUAAAAACAGGAGUUUAUUUAUCCUCUGUCUUUGUAUCAAGCACUUUGUUUGAUUCUGCAGUACAGGUAGUGAAAUAAAGAAAUAAUGUCUG